AAGGGCCGGGACCCCGAAGGGCCGUUCGGAGGCCCCUGCUCACUCACGCCCGCACGCGCGGCUUUGGAGGAGGGGUCGGUCGCGCGUGUUGUAGCUGCGCGCUCGCGGCGGCCCUGUGGGCGAACUGCCCUGGACGGUGGUCUGUGGGGCGCCUGUCCCGUGGCCCCGAUCCCCGGUCUUUCCGGCACCUGGCGAGGGGCCUGUCUUCACGAGUCGUCCGAAGGGGCAAUCCUGUGCAGGAACAGAGAUGCUGCCCUUUCCCCCGCCUCGUCGCGCAUAGGAUCGCGCCUCCGCGCCCCGAAUUUUGACACGCCGUCCGGAGGCGCAACCUCCGCGCCCGCCCGCCCCCUUCUGCAGCGCCCGCUUCUGCAGCGCCCAGCCCCGUUUCCCGGCGCUCAGGACGUGGCCCCCGCGUCUCCGCUCCCCAUCCGGGGCGGGGCGCCGCCGUCGCCUUCGAUCGCCGUGCUCGGGGCUGGCGGCGGCCGGAGCAUGUCGGGGCCCAACGGAGAGCCGCAUCUGAGCCUGGCGAGGGCCGAGGAGGACGACGGCCAGGACGGCGGCUUCGGGGAGGCAGAAUAUGCAGCCAUCAAUUCCAUGUUGGACCAGAUCAACUCCUGCUUGGAUCACCUGGAGGAGAAAAAUGACCACUUGCAUGCCCGGCUGAAAGAACUGCUGGAAUCGAACCGCCAGGCACGACUGGAGUUUCAGCAGGAGCUGACCGAAGGCGGGGAGGGCGACUCCAGCACACGGAGGCCCGGAGCAGACACUUAACCCGUUAGCUGGACCAUUGCUGCUAGCAAUGAGACCCCUUCACCCUCAGUUUCAUGUGGAAACUUUCAAUAGAAACGGUACCUUUGGUCUGGUCUGUGUGCGUGUUUUAAACACCUCUUCCUCAUUCUCUUCUCCGGCGUGUGACUAUGACUAAUCCAUUGUGUUUUAGGGAACCAGGGUGGUUUGAAGAAUAGGGUAGGGGGUGGGAACGAGAUAGGUGUAGGAUGGUGAGAAUGGCGAUGCUUUGGCUUGGUGGGGUUGGGGUAAAUUGCACAGCCACCCCCCUCCUGGGUGAAUUGCUAGGAGGCUAUUCAUAAGAAAAAUAAGGAUUAUUCCUUUUCUUACUUACGGAUAAGCAGGUUCCUCCUUACCUGUUCAGUCAAUUGCGAUUGCAUGAUCAAAGCUGCCAUCAUCUGCCCAUUUACCUGAGCAUAAGUCAGGUUGAGUAGACACAUACUGUAUAGGAAUGCACUGUAAAUAUGGGGGAUUUUUGGUUUUCACAAUUGUCCGCAGCUGCCUGUCUCCAAGAUAGCUAAAUGUGCAAAGGCAGAAGUUGGACAGGCAAUUUGAUCAUGUUAAGAAUUAUUGCAGGGAUAUUUUUCCCUGGCAUAAGUUCCGCCCUUGUAGGUACUGUUUUCUUUGGAAUGGGGCCAUUUCUUGUGGGAGAUUUCCAGCUUCAGUACUGCCCCAAACAGUUUUGAAAGUUCAAGUGAAUGAUUUGUAUAAAGUUAUGAAUCCCAGGACUUCCUCACGGUUUAACAGCAGUGAGCAAAUUUCAAAGCUGUUGAGGGUUGCAGCAUGGACAUGCCUUGUCUCCUUUCGCUCUGAUUAAAAAUGCAGGAAGUUAUAUGUCUGCUAAUUUUUGGAAGCGAGUAUUUAUUGUAAACCAACAUCCUAACCUUUGAUACUGGGAAAUUAGAACGCAGCUGCAUCUUCUCGGGGCCAGGAGCUUAUGCGCAGAAACAGAGCCUGAUGUGGAGUAGGCAAAACCACUCCUCUUUUUUCUUUUUAAAUCAACUAGAAGGAAAAAGGAGCUACUGGAGAAUAACUAGCAAACGCUUGCUUCCCUUUAUGAAAAGACUCUGUGUCCACAAACUGGCCGUGCAGAAAAAACCAUGGUUAAAUCUCUGUUCUCAGUGCUUUUCACAGGUACUAACAGCAUGAGCAGGUAUCAGGUUUGGGGAUACACCUUGGUGUUUUAUUUUUAACUGGCCCUCCAGCUGCAGCCAGAUGAUAACUUGGAGGGCAAGGCAGUUACCUCUUGCACCCCACUGGCUCCAUUAGCUGGGAAGGAUGGGAGUUGUCAAGGAAAAAUGGAGGGGACCAGGUUGGGGAAGGCUGGUCGUCUUUGACUUAUAUGAAUCUACAUUGAGCUGCCACAGGGGGAGGAAGAUGGACAGCAUAAGGGUGCAGUUCUUUGUAUACAGAUGUUCUACAGCUCCCAAGCUGCUAGUCCUGGUCCAACACAUCUGGAAGGGGUCAGGCUAGGAAGAAUUGCUCUGAGCAUCCUGCUGGAUCACAGCCUACCUUCUGUAGCAGGGCUUACUCCACAGUAAAGGCUGCAGUCAUAAUCACCUGUAUAAUGUGUUGGUGCCCCUUUCAUCUCCUGCAGCUGUGCUAAGUAAUUCUGGAAACAUGGACAAGUGUUUGCUUUCACUUUAAGUAAUCUUUUGAUAUUUGUGAAUAAAUGACGGACAAUACUGA